CCCCUGCAUAGAAAUUUGUAUGCAGGGGGAGGGUACCUUUUCUCUGCAGCUGAAUGUACAUAUUUUGCCGCCAAAAUAUGCUAUUUUUCCUGUAGUACAUAGUCAAUUUCGAGUUAGAUAACUUGCGUCUUAACGUCCUCACGUCAAUUUUAUUUACCUACGAUUUAGAUCCAGAUUAACUAAGUAUACAGCAUAGCAGUACGAUAGCUUUUAUCCCGAACAUACAGGUAGGGGAGUGAAGAGACAUACAGAGGAAACCUAAAAUAAAAGUCGGUGCAAGCGAACUCUGUACCAAGGUCUGUUUUAGAUUGUGAAAGAUGCCAAGCCCGAUAAACGGCUACGGCGCCGCGUCGGAAGUGGUGCUGACUGGACUGUCGGGUCGGCUGCCGGAGAGCGGCGAUAUCGAGGAGUUUGCGCAGCAUCUCUUUGCUGGCGUCGACCUAGUCACCGACGAUGACCGCCGAUGGACGCCAGGAAGGUAUGGAUUGCCAAAACGGUGCGGCAAGCUAAAGGACUUAGUGCAUUUCGAUGCUGCAUUCUUCGGCGUAUCCGACAAACAAGCCGAUAUCAUGGACCCGCAGUUGCGGCUGCUCCUGGAGGUCACGCAUGAAGCCAUCGUAGAUGCCGGGCUGAGCCCCGCCGAGCUGCGCGGCACGCGCACCGGCGUAUACGUUGGUGCCAGCCGCUCGGAAAGUUUAAACGUAUGGUGCAGUGACAAAGACAACAUCAACGGCUACGCUAUGACUGGCGGCGCCAGCGCUAUGUUCCCUAACCGAGUUUCCUAUUCGUUCGACCUGAAAGGACCGUCGGUCGGCAUCGAUGUCGCCUGUUCGAGCUCUAUGUACGCGCUGGCACAGGCCGUGCACGAUAUUCGGGCGGGCCGUUGCGACGCCGCGGUAGUCGCCGGCAUAAACGUUUGCCUCGAUCCGGCAACGUCACUGAACUUCUAUCGGUUGACCAUGCUUUCACCGGAUGGUCGUUGUGCCUCUUUCGACGAAAGCGGGCAGGGUUACGUGCGUUCCGAGGCGGUGGUGGCCGUGUUGCUGCAGCGCCGUCCCGACGCGCGCCGCGUGUAUUGCACGGUGCGCGGUGCCAGCGUCAACAACGAUGGCUACAAGCCGCAAGGCAUUAUCUAUCCAUCCGGCGUCAUGCAACGCCUCAUCGCGCAAGAGACCCUGGAAGACGCCGGCCUACUCCCGGAGGACAUCGUCUAUGUGGAAGCGCAUGGCACCGGUACCAAGGCGGGCGAUCCGGAGGAGGUGAACGCAAUUGCCGAGCUAUUCUGUAAGGGCCGGGAGACACCGUUACUAAUGGGCGCGGUCAAGUCCAACAUGGGGCACGCGGAGCCGGCCUCCGGGCUGUGCUCCAUCGUCAAAAUGGUGUUAGCUAUGGAGCGGGGAAUCAUCCCUGGGAACUUGCACUACAACACCCCCAACAGCGGCAUCCCGGCACUCAGUGAUGGUCGCAUUAAGGUGGUUGACAAAAACACAACGUGGCAGGGCGGACUGGUGGCAGUCAACUCGUUCGGAUUUGGUGGCGCCAACGCGCAUGUGAUUCUAGAAGGAGGACACGGCGAGCGGCCGCCGCUCGCGGAGUGCCCGGUGCCGCGCCUCGUAUUGGCCUCGGGCCGCACUGACGAAGCCGUUGAGAAAUUACUCCGGCUAGCGGCUGAUCAUCCCCGCGACGCGGAACUACAUGCUUUAAUCGACGCCGUGCAUGCACGCGCCAUCCCCGGCCACCCGCGCCGCGGUUACGCCGUGUUGGCCCAGGCAGGGCCCGUGCUUGAGGUGCUCGAAAACCAAGGCCAACCGCGCCCGGUUUGGUUCGCAUUCAGCGGCAUGGGUUCACAAUGGGCCGGCAUGGCGCGUGACCUACUUCGCUUGCCAACGUUCGCAAAGAGCAUCGCACGCUCAGCAAAAGUGCUCGAACAGUACGGCGUGGACCUCACGUACGUAAUUGCGGAGGCAUCGGAGGCUGAAUUCCACAACGUUAUCAAUUGCUUUGUGUCCAUCGCCGCCGUGCAGGUGGCUAUGGUGGACGUGCUGCGUGAGCUUGGAUUGCAUCCUGAUGGCAUCAUCGGACAUUCCCUUGGCGAAGUCGGUUGUGCGUACGCGGACGAGACGCUGACGGCAGAACAGACGGUGCUAUGCGCGUACUGGCGCGGGCGCUGCACCCUGGACACGGCGCCGGCGCCGGGCGCCAUGGCCGCCGUCGGGCUCUCCUGGGAGGAGGCCGCGCGGCGCUGCCCUACGGAUAUCGAACUCGCUUGCCACAACUCGCCCGACAGCGUGACGAUUUCCGGUCCAUUAGCAUCUGUGGAGAGAUUCGUAGAGCAGCUGUCGACUGACGGCGUGUUUGUACGGAUGGUCAACACCUCAGGCGUGGCGUAUCACAGCAAAUACAUUGCGAGCGUCGCUCCGCUGCUGCACGACCGCCUUCGGGAGGUUAUUCCUAAUCCUAAGCCGCGCAGUGCGCGCUGGCUUUCUUCCUCUAUACCAGCGGACCAGUGGAACUCAGACUUAGCUCGGCUGAGCGACGCAGCGUACCACGUGAAUAACCUAGUGUCGCCAGUACGGUUCGCUGGCGUACUAGCCAUGGUGCCGGAGCGCGCGCUGGUGGUGGAGGUGGCACCGCACGCGUUGCUGCAAGCGGCGUUAAAGCGCGCGAUGCCCGGCGCCGCGCACGUGCCGCUCGUGCGUCGCGAUGCCUCUGACGCGCUUGUCCAUCUACUGGCCGCCGUGGGUAAAGCCUAUGCGGCUGGCGCGCAACCUCAGGUAUCGCGUUUAUACCCGCCUGUGUCCUGGCCCGUGUCGCGCGGCACGCCCGGGCUCGCGGCGCAUGUUGGCUGGGACCAUUCCGUCGAGUGGCGCGUCGCCGACUACAAGACCCCCGUCCGCACCGGCGAGAACAUCAUCGAGUACAACCUCAACAAGCCGGAUGACGCAUUCAUUGCUGGACAUAGCAUCGAGGGUCGAGUUAUAUUUCCGGGUACCGGAUAUCUUACACUGGUUUGGCGCACGGUGGCAAAGAUGAAUAAUCUAGAAAUGGAGCAGGCGGCGGUGGUGUUUCAAAAUGUAAAAUUCCAUCGCGCCACCAUCGUGUCCCGUGAGGCUCCAGUUCGAUUCCUUGUCUCGCUAUUGGAUGGCACAGGGGAGUUCCAAGUCUGCGAGGGCGAGGACGUGGUGGUCACGGGCACGGCGAGGCUCACCGCCGACGCUGCCGCCGAACGCAUAGCUACAGCCGAGCUGGACCAGGCCGAGGAACAGCUAGAGGACCUACCGGCUCUCGACUCUGAAGACAUCUAUAAAGAAUUACGCCUCCGCGGUUACACCUACAAGAGAGAGUUUCGUGGAAUUAAAUCCUCGAAUGCACAUGGCACACGCGGACUGCUCAAAUGGGAAGGCAACUGGAUCUCGUUCCUGGACACGGCACUGCAAAUGUCGCUUCUCGGCGUAUACACGCGUGACUUGUAUUUGCCGUUACGUAUACAGCGUGUAGUCAUCGACCCUGGUGCGCAGCGCGAGGCGGUGGCGGCCGCCGCGGCCACCAGUGGCGCAGUGCUCGUUAAACGUUACCCUAGCAUUGAUGUCAUUGUAGCUGGUGGUGUAGAAUUCAGAGGUGUCAGCACAUCAUUGGCUCCACGUCGUACACAUAUCCAAGCCCCGCCCAAGCUUGAAAGGCACGCAUUUGUACCCUUCCAUGAUGCGUGUUUCGAUUUCGAGGACAUCGAGCGAUCCAAAAGGCAUGCGCUUACUGCCGCAAUACAAUUGGUGAUCGAGAACUGCGGAGUACUGCAACUCGUGCUAGCGGAGCUGGCGCUGCAGCGACCCGUGGACGCACUGCUGCUGCCGCACGCCUUGCAAGUGCUGGAGAGCGAGCCAGGCCUGCGCGCGAGCGCCACGCUAGCGGUGGGCGGCGACGCGGCGCGAUACAGCGCCGCCAUGGACCCAAUGCGAAUCAAGCUGUCGAACAGGGAUGCGACGGGCAUAAAGAAAAGCCACUUGGUGCUGGGUGCUGACGUGUUGUCGCGACACGAGAGCGUGCUGGGCGCGCUGGCCGCGCGCUGCAUCUUCCUGCUGCUGGAGGAGCCCAAGAGCUCGCUCGACUACCCUGCACAGCAAGCGCUGCUCGCCGCCGCUGGUCUUUCCCUGGUAUCAUGUAUGCACGCCGGGUCUCGCGAGUACGUGCUGCUGCAACGCACUCCUGCCGUGCCGACGACAAGAGUGGUCGUCGAGGUUCGGGAUGACGACUUUAACUGGGUCGUGGAAUUGAAAUACGCCAUGAAACGUGCUGAAAGCGAGGACAUGCGCGUGUACGUGUGGUCUCGUGCAUCCGGCUCCGGCGUGCUGGGCCUUGGGACGUGUUUAAGGCGUGAACCCGGCGGCGACCGACUCCGCGUCUAUUACUUACCUGGAGCGCUGGACACAUUUGACCCUGAAGCGCCGGUAUACAAGGAGCAAGUACGGCGCGACCUUGCCUUCAACGUGCAGCGCGAUGGCAUCUGGGGCACUUGUCGCCACCUACCGCUGGAUGAUAUCGCAGGCACCCGGGUACAGGUGGAGCAUGCGUACGUGGACACGCUGAUGCGCGGCGACCUGUCGGCGCUGCGCUGGAUCGAGAGCGACCUGCGGCACGCGGCUGAUCCCUGUCGCAUCUACUACUCGGCGCUCAACUUCCGCGACAUUAUGGUCGCUUCUGGCAAGCUAUCGCCCUUAGCAAGAAUGGGGAAUCUAGUUAAAAAGGAAAGCUAUAAUCUCGGCAUAGAGUUCAGCGGCCGCUUAUCUACCGGCAGGCGCGUCAUAGGAAUAGUUACUGGAGGUUUGGCGACCUCCGUGAUGGCCGACGCGAGCUUUAUGUGGGACGUGCCGAAACAUUGGUCGCUAAAGGAGGCAGCCACCGUGCCAGUAGCGUAUGCGACUGCGUACUACGCGCUGGUAGUGCGCGGUCACAUGCGGCGCGGCGAAGCUGUGCUGGUGCAUGCGGGUGCGGGCGGAGUGGGACUGGCGGCCAUCGAAAUCGCGCUUCAUGCCGGCUGCACCGUCUUCACCACCGUAGGCUCGCUGGAUAAGCGCGCUUUCCUGCAUGAGCGCUUUCCGUGUCUUUCGGACGCCAACAUUGGCAACUCUCGCGACUGUUCGUUCGAGCAGCUCGUGCUACGUCGCACGCACGGCCGUGGCGUUGACCUCGUGCUCAACUCGCUCGUGGGAGACCAGUUGCAGGCGUCGCUCCGAUGCCUCGGCCAGGGCGGACGCUUCCUAGAAAUUGGCAAGGUGGACCUGACCGCCAACACGGCGCUCGGUAUGGCCAUGCUGCUGAACAACACUGCAGUACACGGCAUCUUGCUAGACGCGUUGUUUGGCAGCGAUCACCCCGAGAAGGCGGAGGUGGUGCGCUGCGUGGCUGAGGGCAUCGCCACCGGAGCUGUGCGCCCGCUGCCAGCCACAAUUUUCGAUGAUACCCAGAUCGAGCACGCCUUCAGGUACAUGACGAUGGGAAAGCAUAUCGGCAAAGUGUUGAUCCGCGUACGCGCGGAGGAGGAGAACAGCGAGCCAGUGCCAGCGAAGCUGCUGUUCGCAAUGCCACGGACCUACGUGCACCCCGGCAAGAGCUACGUGCUCGUCGGCGGGCUGGGCGGCUUCGGUCUGGAGCUCGCCGAGUGGCUCGUGAGGCGCGGCGCGCGCACGCUCAUGCUGAACUCGCGCGGCGGCGUGCGCACAGGAUACCAAGCGUUAUGUAUCCGCAGAUGGCGUUCUGAGGGGGUGCGCGUGCUUCUGUCAUCAGACGACGCGACGACCCCGGCAGGUGCGCGUGCGCUCCUGCAAGCAGCGGCAGCGGCCGCGUCUGUCGGAGGCAUCUUCAAUCUCGCCGUCGUGCUGCGCGACGCCUUCCUCGAGAACCAGACCCCGGCAGCCUUCCACGUCGUCGCCGAGCCCAAGAUUUAUGCGACGCGUGCGUUGGACAUGGCGUCACGCGAGCUGGCACCAGAGUUGGAGCUUUUUGUGGCGUUCUCCUCGGUGUCCUGCGGUCGCGGCAACCCGGGGCAGAGCAACUACGGGCUGGCGAACAGUGCCAUGGAGCGGCUGUGCGAGCAGCGGCGUGCGGAGGGGCUGCCGGCGGUGGCGGUGCAGUGGGGCGCUGUCGGCGACGUGGGGAUCUUGGCGGACAUGCACGGAGAUAUGGCGGUGGGCGGCACUGCGCCGCAGGGUAUCGCCUCGUGUCUACAGACACUAGAAGUGCUGCUGUCGCUGCCGCACGCCGUAGUCUCGUCCAUGGUGCUGGCCGAUGAUCAGCGCACGCAGGACAAACCGGCGCAGGACCUCGUGCACGCCGUCGCCGCCAUACUGGGCAUCAAAAAUGUGAAAAAGGUGUCGGAAACGGCGACUUUAGUCGAAUUAGGCAUGGACUCGCUGAUGGGCACGGAGAUUACACAGACGCUAGAACGAACCUACGGCGUUGUGGUCAGUGUGCAAAAGGUCCGCGCACUUACAUUCGCCAAGCUCCGCAGAAUGGCCGACGAUGCAUCCGCGCUCUCUAACGAUGUAAAGCCGACUAAACACAACUCGCUGGACUUAAGCUCCGUAGAGCUUAUGCCCAAGCAAGUGCUCGUCAAACUGCCGUCGCAACCAGGCAUCAGUCCAGAUGACAAACCUAUGUUUAUGGUGCAUCCGAUUGAAGGCUCAGUCAACGUUCUGCGCGGGGUGGCGGCAAACGUGCGCGGCGCAGUAUACGGACUACAGUGCGCUUGUUCAGCUCCGUUAGACGACAUGGCGACGCUCGCGAGCUUCUACUUGAAGCACUUGCGCGCCACGCAGCCGCAGCCGCCAUAUUUGCUCCUUGGCUACUCUUUCGGGGCCAGCGUCGCCUUCGAGAUGGCGCUGCAGCUGGAACAGGACGGUUGCGCUACACGACUGCUACUCGUCGAUGGCUCACCCGCUUUCAUCGCCACGCACGCCACUAACGCCAUAAUGAAGCGAUCGGUCUUGCCGCAACCCGACGAGGCUGAUUUGCUUGCUUAUUUGGCAAAUGUGUAUUACGAGCUGGAUAUGGCUGAGGUGGCAAACGAGCUGGAGCAACUCCCUGAUGGCGAUUCACGCUUAUGUUGUUUAGCUGAGAUCGCCAACUCUCGCGGCGGGCGCGCGGAUGUUGACAUGCUUCGCGAUGCGGCGACCAGCAUACGCCGAAAGCUGUCCAUCAGCUUCCACUAUAAGCCUACGUCGCGUCUACAAGCACCAGUCACGCUGUUUAAAGCGCUGGAUAACUACAUGGCUUUAGAUGAGGACUACGGGCUGAAGGCUAUAUGCGAGGAGCUAAACGUGCGGGAGUUGGAAGGCACGCACCGCAGCAUCCUCGCCGGAGACUCAGCUCGUGCUGUCGCGAACCAUGUCUCCGAGCUUCUCGCGCAAUACUAAUGGAUACCCGUAGAAGUUAUAUAGAAAACUCCCUAGAGAUCAUACAAUUAAUUCUUCUUAGAUACCAACCUAUUAGGGUUAGGGCACUAAGAACAAAUAAAAGAAAUAGUUAUUUGUUUCACAAGGGGGCAAAGUUGUAAUAUAUAUAUAUAUAUAUAUAUAUAAAUGGAAUCUUGAGCGUUGCGAGGGUUUCAAGGCACGAGGGUUAAACAAAUUUUGCCACCGAGUGAAACAAACAUUUUCACCACACCAACUCAAGGAAAAUACUAACUGUAAAAUAUCAAAUAAUAUCAAAGCAAAUCAAUUCACAUGAAUGUUAUUAAAUAUUUUGUCAUUUCAUU